GUCGAUAUACUUGCUACCUCUACAGUAAGAUGGUGGAGUUGCACGUACAUUAGCGACCGCUGCAGCGCGGUCCGGCUGUUGCCAGGGAUCCAACCUGUAUCCGCAAAUUGUAUGUCGGCCCUCUCCUCUUCGACCUGCUUGAGUAAGACAAUUCGUGAGAGUAUCAUGAAAGUCCUGAAAACGUGGGAUAUGUCGUAUGCUUCAGCACCGCCUGUUGGUCAUUGUCAAAAGGCUGGGGUGUCCCUUUCUACAAGACCAGAUGCUUCACCCGGACCGUACAGACGAAUAUCUUUCUGGCAAACGAACGACUUGGGACUCAAACCCGCCAAGUCAUCCAGGUAUGGAUCUUGGUCUCUUCAAACACAGAUAUUACACAGUGAGACAUUCCGAGGCCAGAUGAUGUUGUGGAUACUUCAAGUUGUGAGCGGCGGAGAUUCGGCGAUGGCCCCACCAAUGGACUUGCAGAGCUGCCCGUCGAUACCGUUAAGGUUGUGGGAUGUGCGUUGUGGAGGAGGUGUUGGUUUGGAUUGCUCUAAUCCGAUCAGCCAGCAUGGGCCGUUGUUGGGCCCAAAGGAGAGUAGGGAUUCUUUAGCGUGGAAUUGGGCAAGCGAGGAGGAGGACACCCCAGGGUAAUUGGUUACAGGCCUAGCGUAGCCAGUUACCUUAUACAAGACCAGGUUAAAAGACGGGCCCAAUUCGGCGGUUUCGUUGAUGCAUGUGCUCAUUUAAGCUGCAAUCAUUCUCGCCAGCCUUCUUUGCGCUCUCUCGGAUAC